AUGAAGUCUUUCACCCCCGCCCUGGCUUUCGCCAGUAUCAUCUCCUUGGUCAACGCCCAUGGCUUCGUCACCAGCCCGGCAGCCCGCGAGCCCGGUACUGCAAUGGGAGCCGCGUGUGGUCAGCAAGUUCUGUCCAACCAGGAGUCCGACAAGUACGGCAACAUCCAAGGCGAGCUACAAGUUGCCGCCACCCAGACCGACUACAACGCCGCCGAGUGUGACAUCUGGCUGUGCAAGGGCUACAAGUUCGCCGACAACCAGGCCAACAUCCAGUCGUACACGGCAGGAGAGGAAGUCGCCUUCACUGUUGAUAUUCGCGCCCCGCACACCGGUGUGGCCAAUGUCUCUGUCGUCCAGACUUCUUCCAACACUGUCAUUGGCAGUCCCCUAAUCUCCUGGGAUGUCUAUGCGUCCGUAGCCACCGGCGUCACUGCCAACGAGACCAGCUUCAGCGUCACUAUCCCCGACGAUCUUGGAAGCCAGUGUGCCACCGCCGGUGACUGUGUGUUGCAGUGGUACUGGUACGCAGAAUCAAUCGACCAGACCUACGAGUCGUGUAUCGACUUCACUCUCGGUGGAUCUGGUAGCUCGGCGGUUGCGUCCACCUCGUCCACCUCAUCAACCUCGUCGAUCUCGUCGACCUCCAGCUCUACGGUGGUUGCCGCCACUACCACCCCAACUGCUGCUGUUGUUGAAACCCCUACCACGGCCGCUGUUCAGUCUACAACGCCCUCCAUCACAGUUGCUGCUCAGCCUACUACUUCCACCACCACGGUUGCGGCCCAGCCUACUACUUUCGCCACCACUGUCCGUCAAUCGACUACUUCUGCUGCGGCGCAAGUCCCUACUACCAGCGCUGAUGCCUCCGCUACUACCUCGGCCGUAUCUAUCCCCACUGGUAGUGCUGCAGAUGUCCUAUCCUGGAUUGAGUCCUUGUUGGGCAACUUGGUGGGUAAUUAA